GGGACGCUGUUAUAAAAUAUCCUAAAACUUGGUAUCGAAGACGCGAAGGAAGCCACCGCAAAAUCUUUUUUUUUUUUCUUUUGUUGGUUCCCAACAAACGGAUUGGAGGUCGAAAUCGAGGCGCAUUUGUGCGAACCGGCAGUCGUGCAAAGGAAUUCAAAAGAGCAACAUCUAAUUGCACUCUAAGCCCAAGACAAAACGGACAAUGACGGGCCCUGAAGCGAAACCUCGGUCGCCGGUGCUUACCAAAGUGUGGUCAGUGUUUGAUCUGAUAGUGGAAGUGGCACUGUUCGUAAUAGAUGUCGUUAGAGUGUUUUUAAUUGGUGUGCCGAUUUUGUUUCAACGCACCUUCCGUAUGGUGUUUCCUAACGAGCUGAAAAACGUGACAGGUCAACUUGUGCUGAUAACCGGUGGUGCCGGAGGCCUUGGAAGGGAGAUGGCCAUUAAGUUGGCUAAUCAAGGUUGCAACAUAAUCAUAGUGGACGUGAACUUGAAACUGGCCGAGCAAACCUGUGAAGAGCUGCGCGGGAAAAACGUUUCUACUUAUGCGUUCAGAGCGGAUGUAUCUUCGUAUGAUGAGGUCCGAGCCCUGAUGGAUACCGUCUAUAGAGAGAUCGGGCCGAUAGACAUCCUGAUCAACAAUGCUGGUUUGAUCCAUUUUACGUUCCUGCAGGAUAGCACCGUUGAGGAUAUCCACAGGUUGAUUGAUGUGAACGUGAAAGGAUACAUAUGGACCACCAAGGUUGUGCUGGAUAGAAUGAUGGAACGCAAACGCGGUCACAUUGUGGCCAUCUCUUCCUUAUCCGGUGUGCACGCGUUCCCGUGGGCAGUCGUCUACUCGACGUCCAAGUUUGCCGUCAACGGUUUCAUGGCCGCCAUGACCGAACAACUCCGCCUGCAAGGCUUUGCUGAUCAAAUCCAAACGACUUGUGUCUGUCCGUACUACAUUGCCACAAGGAAAGAUAUCGUCGAGUUUCUGCAGAAACCUCGAUUCAAAUUGCUGUCAACGAAAUAUACAGCAAAGAUUGCAGUCGAAGGAAUUCUACGGAACGAGUCGUUCGUAUGUGUACCUCCCCUGUUUGACUUAGGACUAAGGAUCAUGCAGUUGUUUCCCUUGAAGGUGCAACAAUUGGUCAGAGAUUUAAUUAUGAGAGAAUAUGAACUACAUGCGGCUCUAUAAAAUGAAGAUCUAUUUGUUAGUACUCAAUGUGAUUAUUAUUGAUACAAUAAUAUAAAAAAGGAAUUCAAUGAUAAAACUGAAUGUACAAUGUUCGGUGCAAGUAUCUAACGUAUAUAUAGUGUAUCUAACAGUUGCUCGUAUUUUUUUGGCAUAUUUCAUAACUUUUUAUGACGCUAAAAUGUUUUACUCAUUAUAAGCUACAUUGAUGAAAUUUUGAGCGAGAUCGAGUGGGUUUUCUAAAAGUUAUAUACACUCCCGAUCAAAAAUUUCGGGUCACCCCCUCAAAAACAUGUCAUUUUUAGGCCCAAUUUGCGUCCGAUUUCAAAACCCUAGGUCUCAUUCAAAAAAUAAUAUGUUAAAGUAUCUUUGAACAUGAUUUAUGUGAAACUUUCACAUAAAUGCUUGUAUGUAAUUUUAACUAAAAGUUGCCAAAUUUUCUAAAAAAUGAAUAUAAACUUACUCUGGAAAUUGAGUCGAUCAAAUUUUAUGAUGACGGUAAUAUAGCCUAUUUUCCAUUAGAUUUCAUCUGCUUUUUGCCGAACUUGGCUAAAAAAUUUAGGAAAAAAGGUAUUAAGUAAAUUAAUUCAUGAAGUCAUCGACCAAAAGUUUGGGGUCACCCCUCAAUAUGAUGUAUCAGCCAAAAAUUUGGGGUUACUUUCGUGAAACAUGGAAAAGUGAUUUGGUAACAGCGAUGCCAGAUGGAUUUCUGUAUCACUCGUUCAAAAAUCUGUAUCCCAUACAAAAUUUGGGUGGAAAAUUUGUAUCCUAUACAAAUGAAAAAUCUGUAUUCCAUAUAAACGCAAUCUGUAUAGAUGUUCAAAAAUCUGUAAAAUACAGAUAAAUCUGUAUAUAUGGCAUCCCUGUUUGGUAAUAUCUUCGUCAUUUAUAGUUCCAAUAGUGACCCCAAACUUUUGGUCGAUGACACCAAGAGAUAAUUUACCUAAUAACUUUUUUCCUAGAUUUUUAAGCUAAGUUUGAUAAAAGCAGUUGAAAGCUAAUAGAAAAUAGGUUAUUUUACCGUUCUCAUCUUAAAAUUUGGCCGCCCCAAUUCCUUACGACACUGCCGUAAGUUUAUAUUCGGUUUUUAGAAAAUUUGGCAAUUUUGGGUUAUGUUGACAUACAAAUAAUUUUGUAAAAGCUUCAUCUAAAGCAUUUUCAAAGGUACUUUGACUUAUUAUCUUUCGAAUGAGAGCUAGGGCUUUAAAAUCUGACGCAAAUUGGCGGAGAUACGGCCUAAAAAUGAUAUGUUUUUGAGGAGGUGACCUCAAACUUUAGAUUAGCUUUUGGUAAAACUUUUUAGUGAGCAUUUUUUUGUGCUCCACGUACGAAUUGCGUAUGCAAGACCUUUUUGUAAAUCAAUUGUAAUGUUGCUCAUGUUUGAUCUUCAUGAAAAUGUAUUUCAUUUUAUUUGCAGGAGCAAAAGGAAUCAAUUUUUAAUAUCAAAAAUAGAUUCUACAUUUAGAUUCCUAUGCAAACCAUGAAUUUUUAUACAUAAGUAACAGCGAAUUCAAAAAUAUUAAAUAAAUGAAGAAAACAAUAUUUGGACCUUGUGAAAUGUUAUUCGGUCUGUUAAUUCACAUAUCUGAAAAAGAAUUGAUCAUUUUUACAAAAACAGUGAAAAAAUUCAAACAAAAUUUAAAAAGGUCUAGUCAUUUCUUUUCAUUUAUUUAGUUUUUUUAAUUCACAGUAAAUUAAAUACGAGUGGGUGUAGGAAAAAAAUCUCAUUGAAAACCAUACGUAGACUUUAUUUUUGGUAUAAAAAGAUUAAAAAAUGCUUCCUUUGCAUGUUUUGGAAAUCGAUGAAAAAAUCUAGAAAAAAUAGUAAGAAGAAUUUGACUAUCCUAGGCUACUUGGCAAACUUUGACGUCAGCUUUCUACAGAAAAAUAAUAUAAAAAAUCGAAAGGUAAUGUUUUUGAAAAGUUUAAAAAUUUAAACUAAACGAUUUUACUUAAAACUUAAGCAAACAAUCUUCAAUAGAUAAAUAACCAUCAAUUAAAAUGCCAGCGAAUAUGAUUACGAUUAAAAAAGUUGUGAGCAUUUCAAUAGAUAAAAUAUGACAAAAAUAGCUGUACGAGCAAAUAUUUAAUACACUGUAAUCAUGAGUGUCAAAGACAACAUUGUACAUUGGAAAGUAUAUAAGAACAAAAUCUAAAAAUCAUGUCUUAUCAAAACUUUGUUUGAUUUUUU